CACAACAACAAGCCGAGACGCGUAACCAAAACACUCGAAUUUGAAUCGUUAAAAAGAUACGCCAAUUUGCUUUGAGCUACAUACUACCUAUAUUUUCAACGGGCUAAGCUCUAGUGCCUGAAAAUUAAAGACCAUUUCAGCAACCAUUUGUCAACUGUUAGUUCUGCAUAAAGUUCUGCUAAUUAGUUUUGUUUGUUUGGGCCGAAAUUACCGCCCAAUAUUUGGUCUUGCUGCCUGCCUAGCCGUCGAUUAACGCGCGUUUAGAAAACAAUGAGAAAUCAUAGACUGACGCAGUAGUGCGAUUGAGAACAGUAUUGUGAAUUUUUAAAAACCACGUAGUAUUUCAUUAAAGGCAACGCAUUAAAGAAAUUUUCCUGCUAAAUAAACAAAAUCGUAUAUUAAAAGAUGACGAAUAAAGAAGAUUCCAAUGCCCCGCCCUUGGAACAAAAGAGUGCAUCCGUUUUUUCACUAACCGACUUCAACUCCAGAACAAAUUUGACCGACAAAAAUCAACUGUCGUUGGCAGAGGAUCCCUACAAUCCUUUCGAGCAUCGCGAUGAGAAUGGCGCCAGUAGCGGAGGGGCAUUGGCCCACUUACUCAAAAGUUCCCUGGGUACCGGUAUUUUGGCAAUGCCUCUGGCGUUUCGCAACGCCGGCCUGCUAUUUGGCAUGAUCAUGACGCUCGUCGUUGGAUUCCUCUGCACGCACUGUGUUCACAUUUUGGUGAAAACCUCGCACGAUAUAUGCAAAGAAGCGAAAGUGCCCGCAUUGGGGUUUGCUGAGACAGCGGAAAAAGUGUUCGAGUAUGGGCCGAAGGGCAUGAGAAAACAUUCCAACUUUGCCAAACAAUUUGUAGAUGGUGGAUUGAUGGCCACUUAUUAUGCGGCUGCCUGCGUCUACAUCGUGUUCAUUGCUACCUCAUUUCAUGAUGUCAUCAAUGCGAACUGCAACCUGAAUUGGGAUGUGCGCAUUUACAUUGCGCUGACUGUGAUUCCCUGCCUAUUUAUUGGUCAAAUACGGAACCUGAAGUUCUUGGUGCCCUUCUCAUUAAUGGCAAAUGUGUUUAUUGUCGUGACCUUUAUCAUUACACUGUACUAUAUGUUUGACCGACCUCUGGUCUACUCGGAUAAGCCGCUGAUAGCAGAAGCGAGUCACAUUCCUCUCUUCUUUGCCACCGUCAUCUUUGCCAUGGAGGGCAUAGGCGUAGUCAUGCCGGUGGAGAACUCAAUGCGCAAGCCGCAACAGUUCCUCGGCUGUCCUGGUGUCCUGAACACAGCCAUGAUUACAGUGGUCCUUCUUUAUGCCAUCAUCGGCUUCUUUGGCUAUGUGCGCUUCGGAGAAGAUGUGCGCGGAAGUGUGACUCUUAACUUGCCUGAAGGCUGGCUAGGCGACACGGCUAAGCUGUUGAUGGCUGUCGCAAUUCUCUUCACCUUCGGCCUGCAGUUCUAUGUGCCCAAUGAGAUCCUCUGGCGCAAAAUCAGUCACAAAUUCAACGAGGAUAAGCACAAUACAACGCAAAUACUUCUUCGCACGGGCAUUAUUCUCCUUAGUGGCGGCGUUGCAGCGGCCAUUCCCAACCUGGAGCCGUUCAUUAGCUUGGUAGGUGCUGUGUUCUUUUCGCUGCUUGGCAUCUUCGUGCCCAGCUUCGUGGAGACCGUGUACCUCUGGCCCAACAACCUUGGCUGGGCCAAGUGGAAGCUGUGGAAGAACAUCUUCCUCGGCGUCUGUUCCAUACUCGCCCUUAUAGCGGGCGCAACAGCAAGUAUUAUAGAGAUAAUCAAUAUGUACAGUGGGAGUGAUGAUUGAGCCGUCCUUCUGACUGGACAUGUGGUAGUGUUACACACAUACCUAUACGUACAAUAAUGCAGGUACUUGUUGAGUCCACACCCAUUUAGCUAGAUUCCCAUAGUUAUAAUUUUUUGUUGUUUAGAUUUUUCGUUUUUGUGUCGUUUUUUACUCCUUUUUUAUGGCCAUGUUGAACAUGGUAAAGCGACUGCAGGUGCGAGCCUUGCCUGCCGUCGCUGACUGCAUGAACAUGAUGAUAUUAAGCUAUAAGUUUUAACCAUGAGCGUAUAAUCCCUAGAAUGUAAAAUGCAAUGCAUAGAAUUUAUAUACCACACAUAGCUCAUAAGUUCGAAAGCCUACUUACUACUUUCACAAAAUAAAUAAAUAUUUAAAAAGUGUA